AUGUCAUCUCGGUCACUGAAAAGUCAUGGAAGUGUGGUCGUGAGUCAUCACAACCGUAGAGAGGAGCUCAAUGCAAGUGCCAUGAAGACGGUAGAGCCAACCUUGUCUCCCGUAGCAACAGCAAAUGGAAUUAUAUCGGAUGCGAUGAAUGGCCUUACGGCAAAGCAUGGAGGAAUAUUGUUAGCCAAGAACAAUUCAACCAAAAAACUUCCUCAUGCUUUUCAUCAAAUGAAUAUUCAACAUCAAAUUAAUGUUCAUACGGCAAAAUUUGGUCUUCCUGCAGAAGAGGAGGAUUUAUCAAAGACAAGGAAGAAAAAAACAAAAAUCAAAAAGGAGGCUCCGAAAUUGCCUUCGGAAGAGCAUGGCCUCUCUUUAUUGAAAUCAAAAAUUCCUUCAAUUUCUCAGCUCUCCAGCGAGAGACCACAAAGUGGAAAAAGCUCUGGAUCUGCGCUCAGCACUCGAUCACAUAUUAAUCCCUUGCUGACGCCAAUUCUUGAUGAGGAUUUCCGUAGAGAAAAAUUUGAAGACAGUUUAAAGAAAUCAUUAAAAGAUACAUCAUCAUUGCUAGAGGGUUUGCAAUCUCAUAGGAGCAGCUCAAGUGACUUGGAUUUGACACCACUAUCAGCCAGAAAGAAAGACGACAUUAUUGUAGAUAGAAAUACAGCCACUCUAGAACCAAUUAAAAAACCAUCGUCCAGAGGUUCCGAUUCAAGAUUAUUGGGAGGAACUGUCACAACUACACACUCGAAUCGAGCCAAACUUUGCAUUCAAACUCUAGCGGACGGAUAUGUGGAUGCAUUUGAAGAAUUAUUUUCGUUAGCCCAUCGAGAGCCAGUGCUUGUGGAUGAUAUUACUGACAAGUAUUUUUCACUUUCGGACGACAAACUUCGAGAUAUUAAGGAAUGGUUGGUAAAGGCAGAGUCCUAUAAGAGACGAGGAAAAUUUGAAAACGUGUAUGAAAUAUUUAAACAAAUUGCAGACUAUUUUGAAGGAGAGAAAGACUACAAUACCAUGUACUAUUUUUAUGAUCUUGCCGAGUCGACUGCAAAACGAUCUUCAAAUUCAGCCCUGGAAGGUUUAGCAAAGGAAAAUGCAGGAAAAAUGUAUGAACGAAUGGGACAAGCAAAUAUGGCUGCCAAAUAUCAUGAAGCUCACAUGAGUCUCGCUCACUCGUCAGGAGAUACGGCCCAAGAAGAACGAGCCCUCAAUCAAUUGUGGCGCGUUUAUGUAAAAAUGGCAGAAGAUUCAGUCAAACAAGGUGACUUGCACAAUGCGUGUUUGUUCUAUGAUAAAAGCUUGAAGAAUGCAAAACAACUCAAAGAUAGAGAAAUGACAGCAUCGUCUUUAUACAAUCUAGGAAAUAUUUAUAAGGAAAUGCAGGACCUCGAUAAGGCCAUCGAGUAUCAGCAAAUGUACACUCAAGUUUGUGAGGAAAUGAACGAUAAAGUAGGAAAGGCAGAUGCUUAUUGUGCUCUGGGAGAGCUGUAUGAGCAAACUCAAGAGAUGGACAAGGCCAUAGACAUUUACAAGACCUACCUGUCGCUUGCUGAGGAAAUUUGUGAUGACAACAAGAUUGGUCAUGCGUGCACAAAACUAGGCACGGUGUUAGGAAUGAAAGGAGAGCAUGAGGACAGCGUUCGCUAUUUUGAAAGAAGUUUUGAGCUUGCAAAAAGGUCUAAAGAUAAUGCCAAGAUAGGUGAAGCGAAAGUGAGGCUUGGAUUCGCAAAAGGAAAUGCCAAUAUGUACCAACACAUGAUGCAACUCAAGAAUUUAGGAUUUGCGUAG